AUGCAUGGGGGGAAGAGGGGGCUGGUGGCUCCGCAGAACACUUUCCUGGAAAACAUCGUCCGGCGCUCCAGCGAAACCAGUUUCCUAUUGGGAAAUGCACAAAUCGUGGAGUGGCCGGUUGUUUACAGCAACGAUGGAUUCUGCAAGCUCUCUGGAUAUCACAGAGCCGAGGUCAUGCACAAGAGCAGCACGUGCAGCUUCAUGUAUGGUGACCUGACGGACAGAAAGAUGAUAGAAAAAAUCAGACAAACGUUUGACAGCCAUGAGUCUAACUACCAUGAAGUGCUCCUCUAUGCAAAGAAUAGAACCCCUAUAUGGCUUUACAUGCAGAUCGCUCCAAUCCGCAAUGAAAACGACAAAGUGGUGCUUUUCCUCUGCACCUUCAGAGACAUCACGCUUUUCAAACAGCCGAUCGAAGACGAAGCAGCCAGAGGAUGGACAAAAUUUGCUCGGCUCACGAGGGCCCUCACCAACAAUCGUAACCUGGUGCAGCAGCUGGCACCUCUGAACAAGACUGAGGUCAGCCACAAGCCAUCCAGACUGGCUGAAGCUCUCCAGCUGGGAUCAGACAUCCUCCCGCAGUACAAACAAGAGGCCCCGAAGACCCCUCCACACAUCAUCCUCCACUACUGCACCUUCAAGACCACCUGGGAUUGGGUCAUCCUCAUCCUCACCUUCUACACCGCCAUCAUGGUGCCCUAUAACGUCUCCUUCAGGACCAAGCACAACAACCUGGCCUGGCUGGUGGUGGACAGCGUUGUCGACGUCAUCUUCCUGAUUGACAUCGUGCUCAACUUCCACACCACCUUUGUGGGUCCAGCUGGAGAGGUCAUAUCGGACGCCAAACUGAUCCGAAUGAAUUACCUGAAGACGUGGUUCGUCAUCGACCUGCUGUCCUGCCUUCCCUACGACAUCAUCAACGCGUUUGAAAAUGUAGAUGAGGGUCUCAGCAGCCUCUUUAGUUCCCUAAAAGUGAUCCGCCUGCUGCGUUUGGGCCGAGUGGCCCGGAAACUGGACCACUACCUGGAGUACGGGGCAGCCGUUCUGGUCCUACUGGUGUGUGUCUUCGGCCUGGUGGCCCACUGGCUCGCCUGCAUCUGGUACAGCAUCGGGGACCAUGAGGUCAUCGAUGAGACCACCAACAGCAUCAAGACUGACAGCUGGCUCUACCAGUUGGCCAUGAGCAUCGGGACGCCUUACCGCUACAACACCAGUGGAACAGGCCAGUGGGAAGGGGGUCCCAGCAAGGACACCCUGUACAUAUCUUCUCUCUACUUCACCAUGACCAGUCUCACAACCAUCGGAUUUGGAAACAUUGCUCCGACAACAGACGGCGAGAAGAUUUUCUCUGUGGCGAUGAUGAUGGUGGGCUCACUGCUAUAUGCAACCAUCUUUGGAAACGUCACCACCAUCUUCCAGCAGAUGUACACCAACACCAACAGAUACCACGAGAUGCUCAACAACGUGCGAGACUUCCUCAAGCUGUACCAGGUUCCCAAAGGUCUGAGCGAGCGCGUCAUGGACUUCAUCGUCUCCACCUGGGCCAUGUCUAAAGGCAUCGACACCGACAAGGUCCUCUCCAUUUGUCCCAAAGACAUGCGUGCAGACAUCUGUGUGCAUCUCAACAGGCAGGUGUUCAACGACCAUCCGGCGUUCCGCUUGGCGAGUGACGGCUGUUUACGCUCCCUCGCUGUGGAGUUUCAGACCACCCACUGCGCACCUGGAGACCUCAUUUUCCACAUCGGAGAGAGUGUUGAUACGCUCUGCUUUGUCGUCUCUGGUUCCCUCGAAGUCAUCCAGGAUGAUGAGGUCAUUGCCAUACUAGGUAAAGGUGACGUGUUUGGGGACGUGUUCUGGAAGGAGACCACUCUGGCUCGAGCCUGUGCAAACGUCCGAGCGCUGACUUACUGUGAUCUGCACGUCAUCAGGAGGGAAGCUCUGCUGAGAGUGCUGGAGUUUUACACGGCAUUUGCCAACUCGUUCUCGCGAAACCUCAUCCUCACUUGUAAUCUACGGAAACGGGUAAUUUUCAGAAAGAUUGCCGAUGUGAAGCGAGAGAAGGAGCGCCAGAAGAGCGAGGUGGCGCUCUCCAUCCCGGAGGAUCACCCAGUUCGCAAGUUGUUCCAGAGGUUCAAGCAGCAGAGAGACUCGCAGACCUUGGAUCAGAACUGUGUGCAGGUGGAGCCGGAGCAUCACCCGCACGCCGACUCAAACUCCUGCAACCAGUGUCAGAGUGUAUCCUCGCAGCAGGAGAACAACAAACCCUCUACAGGAGGAGGGAGCGUGAGCGACGUGGCCAUGCCUCAACAAGUGUUUGUUGACACUGGAAGGUCAGAGCAAAGCUGCACGCAAGCGACUGUGGAGUCGAAACUGAGGCCGUGUGCAGAGAAUCGGCUCUGUCAGAGGGGCAGUGGUGGUGCAGGUGCAGGGGGAGCUGCAGGGCGUGGUAACAGCAGCAAAAGUGUCCGAGGGUGGGCAAAAUUUAAGAGCGCCAUGUCUGCUGAACCGUCACUUCCUGCUGUGGAGCAGGAGAAGGAGACACAGAAAGCAGAGGAGUGGCUAAAUGCCACGCGGCCCAUAGAAGUGUGUGUAGCUGCCAUAAAGAGCCAGGAGUCAGAUGAGAGUGGACAGCUGGGGGGCAACACAACUGGGGAGGCAGGAGAAGAAAGUAGCGUCCUGCACAAAACUGUUUCCUGCGACAGCGGCAUCACAAAGAGCGACCUGCGCAUCGACCGAGCCGGAGAUUCAAGAAGUUCCUUUGAGCGAAGCCCAAUGGAAAAAAGUCCACUGGAGAGGAGUCCGAUUGAGCACAGCCUCGGGGUUUACACUGAGGUCUCCAUGAGACAGUCCUUCCUCCAGCCCGUGUCCGAACAGUCCCUGCUCCAUGUGAUGCUGCAGGAGGCCAAGCUGGAGCUGAAGGGAGACAUUAAGAAACUGAGCAGCCAGCUGUUGCUGCUGGAAUCGCAGGUGAGCGAGAUCCUCAGGCUGCUGUCAACGAAAAGGAGACUGUCGCUGCCUCCGACUCCUUCAAAACCGAGAAUAAAACGGCACGACUCGGGCAGUGCCUCCAGACUCGUUGCACCCAAAGCAGAAGAGGAGACGUUUGAAUUUCCUCACGAAUGACACG